AUGUCAGCGACAAAUAAUGAAUAUAAACCAGGCACUAUGGAUGAUUUAUAUGAUGAAUCAAAGCUAACAGAUAGUAUAAAAGAAGUAGAGGAAAAAUGGAAAUUAGUACCUGCAUUCUUAAAGUGUAGAGGUUUGGUUAAACAACAUAUAGAUUCAUUCAACUACUUUAUCAAUGUAGAAAUUAAAAAGAUUCUAAAAGCAAAUGAAAGAUUAACAACUGAUGUUGACCCUUCAUUCUUUGCAAGAUUUACAGAGAUUAAUGUUGGAAUGCCAGGAUUAGUAGAAGAGAAUUAUGAAUCGGUGACGAUUACACCUCAAAAGUGUAGAUUGAGAGACAUGACAUAUGCAGCACCGAUCACAGUCAACAUUGAAUAUACACGUGGCAAGCAAGUGGUGCAAGUGCAGGAUGUGUUGAUUGGACGUAUCCCAAUCAUGCUGCGAAGCAGUAACUGCGUGCUCACCAACAAGACACACGAGCAGUUGGCACAGCUCGGCGAGUGUCCGAUGGAUCCCGGUGGCUACUUUAUCGUGCGGGGCGCCGAAAAGGUGAUUCUCAACCACGAACAACUCAGCAAAAACAGAAUCAUCAUCGAGACGGAUCCCAAGGGAUUUCCAUGCUCGACGGUGACCAGUUCGACACACGAGAGAAAGUCGCGUACCAAUAUUGUGAUGAAGCACGAGAAGUUGUACCUCAAACACAACACGUUUUGCGAGGAUAUCCCUGUGAUUGUCUUUCUCAAGGGUCAUCUACACGGCGCUGAUGAUCCGUCGUAUCAUCAUUGCCAGCAGAGACCGCUCGACGCUCGACGACAAGGACUACUACGGCAACAAGCGUAUCGAGUUGAGCGGCCAGCUCGUGUCGCUGCUCUUUGA